AUGGACGCCUGGGAGGCCACCAAGGCGGUGUUCGACCGGGUGCGGGCGCUGGACCCGGACAACGCGUCCAAGAUCAUGGGCCUGCUGCUCAUCCAGGACAACAGCGACAAGGAGCUCAUCCGCCUCGCCUUCGGCCCCGACCACCUCCUCCACGCCUUCGUCGCCGCCGCACGUGCCGAUCUCGCUGCCAAGCCUGCCUCCCCGCCGUCGCCCGUGCUGGGCCCGCUCCACCAGCCCGCCUCGCCAUGGGGGCCGCCGGCCUCCGACCACCACCACAACCACCAGUCCUCCUUUGCCGCCGCCGACCACGCGCUCGGGUACGACUACGACGGCGCCGCCGCCUCCGCCGACGCGUUCUUCCCCGACGACUACGACUGCUGGUCCCCGGCCGGCGACACUGGCCACCGCCGCAGCUUCUCGCUCAGCGAUGCCGAGGUUGCCGCCGCCGCCGCAGGCGGCGGGGGCGCGUGGAGGCCCUGCAUGUACUUCGCGCGCGGGUUCUGCAAGAACGGCUCCUCCUGCCGCUUCCUCCACGGCCUGCCCGAUGACGACGACGCCGCCGCGGAGCGCGAGAUGGUCGUCAUGCGCGCCAAGGCCCUCGCCGCCGCGCGCUCCCAGCAGCAGCAGCAGCUUAUGGCGUCCGCGUUCCCGUUCUCGCCGUCGCCACCCAAAGGCGUCAACCUCAACUUCCUGCUCCACCACCAGCAGCAGCAGCAGCAGAACGAGCCCCAAAGGGCGGCGGCUGCUGCGGCGGCGGCCAUGCUGCUUCAGGGCGGCGACGACAUGCACGGCAGGUUCCCGGUGCGGUCGCACCGGGUGGACCGCGGCGAGCUCAUGUCCAGCCCUGCCGCGCGGCAGAUCUACCUCACCUUCCCGGCCGACUCCACCUUCAGCGAGGAGGACGUCUCCAACUACUUCAGCAUGUACGGGCCGGUGCAGGACGUGCGCAUCCCGUACCAGCAGAAGCGCAUGUUCGGCUUCGUCACCUUCGUCUACGCCGAGACGGUGAAGAUCAUUCUGGCCAAGGGCAACCCGCACUUCGUGUGCGACGCGCGCGUGCUCGUCAAGCCCUACAAGGAGAAGGGCAAGGUCCCCGACAGGUUCAGGAAGCUGCAGCACCCGCACCACGGCGACUUCGCCUGCUGCACGUCGCCCACCGGAUUGCUGGAUUCCAGAGACCCCUUCGACCUGCAGCAGCCGCAGAUUGGACCAAGGAUGAUGUACGGGAACAUUGCCAACCACGAGGCGUUCCUGAGGAGGAAGCUCGAGGAGCAGCAGCAGGCAGCCGAGCUGCAGCAGGCCAUCGAGCUGGAGGGACGCCGCUUCAUGGGGCUGCAUCUCCUCGACCUCAAGAGCAGGGGCCACCACCUCGGCUCCUCCCCCGCCGCCAUGACCACCCUGGGGCAAGGCGAGGGCGGCAAAGGCAAUGGCAAUGCCAUCCAGCUGGAGGAUGUCAGCAUCCAAGUCCCUGUAGCAAAUGCUCCUACCAAGAUGAUGAACAGUAACGGCCUUGCAAUGGGUGCGCCUGCAGCAGCAGCUGCUGUGUCUGCAGCCGAUGCAGGAGGCGAGCACGAGGAGCAGCAGGGAGAAGAGGAUGGGUAUGGGGGUGGCAGUCCCAAGCAGGCAGUCAACCCUGGGGAAGAGGAGAAGACGGAAUCUGGUCCUGUCACGGUUACGCCCAUUGUUGCUUGUGGAUUCCAAGAAAGUGGCGUGGUGGAGCACAUUUUGCCUGACAGCCCCUUUGCAUCCCCCACCAAGGCCGCUUCCACUGAUAUAUCUCCAGCAGCUCAAAAUGGGAACAUCAGCAUUGACAGCCCUCACCAUGUGGCUUCAUCCCUCUUCCCACCUGCAUCCACCAUUGAGCUGCCCCCAUACAACUCCUGCUUCUUUCAGGCGCCCAGGGACUAUCAAUGA